AUGGAUGAGAGAGGAAAUACAACAUUUGGUAUCAAUACAUUUUAUCUUUUAGGAUUCCCGACAUCUCAACCAAUUCAAAUCGUUCUCUUCUUUAUCUUUUUAUUUGCUUAUAUUCUGACAGUAACGGAAAAUAUAUUGGUCAUUAUCAUCAUAUGGACAAGUGCCAACCUACACAAGCCAAUGUAUUUUUUCUUGGGGAACUUGUCCUUCCUGGAGAUGUGGUAUGUUACUGUCACCAUACCAAAACUGCUUGCCAUAUUUGUGACAGAAAGUAGACAAAUUUCAGUAACGGCUUGUAUGUCACAGCUUUACUUUUUCAUUUCAUUGGUCUGCACUGAAUGCAUGUUGCUUGCUGUAAUGGCAUUUGACCGCUAUGUAGCUAUAUGCACUCCCCUGCAUUAUGUCACCAUCAUGGACUGGAAUAUUUGCCUUGUUCUAGCAUUAUGCUCAUGGUUUACUGGGCUCCUAAUAUCUUUCAUUAAGGUUUACUAUAUCUCUCGUCUGACUUUUUGUAAUUCUGGUCUGAUAAACCAUUUUUACUGUGACAUCUCUCCUAUACUUAAUCUUGCCUGUACAGACAUGAGGGUGGCUGAGCUUGUUGACUUUGUCCUUGCCCUGUUCAUUCUUCUGGUUCCACUAAUGCUUACAUUCAUUUCCUACUGCUGUAUUUUGACCACUGUUUUCGGGAUCCCAACAUCCAGCGGGCGUCAAAAAGCGUUUUCAACCUGUACUUCUCAUCUAGCUGUGGUUAUUAUUUUCUAUUUUGCUACACUAUUCAUGUACGCCAGGCUCAGCAAGGCACAGUCUUUCAAUUACAAUAAACUGAUAUCUGUUGUCUAUACAGUAAUUACUCCUCUGCUGAAUCCAGUCAUUUACUGCUUGAGAAAUAAGGAUGUAAAGGAAGUAAUAUGGAAACUGAUUUUAAAACCUAAUCCAACCCUUCCUUUGAGGGUAUCUAUGGCAUGA